AUGGCUGAUUCACAAGCCCUAAAUUGGUUUAAAAUAGAACUACUUUUAACUCGGUCGUGUCUUACAUUGCGGAAAAUAUUCAAAGAUCGAUGGUUUCUGUUUACUGGUCAACAGUGGCAGAAUACUACGACAGAUGGACAAGCUUUUAUUACGGGUAUCGGCCAAAAAAUUUAUAAAAAUUGUGGUAACAUUCAAAAAAUUACGCUAACAACAGGUGAUACAAACCAAUGGGAUAUAACAACAUUAGUUCUCGUUCUUCGUGAAACUAAACCUAUACGACCACUUAAUAAAAUGAAAAAAGAAAAAAUCGUCAAAGAGAACAUUGAUUUAUUGACAUUAACAAAUAUUCGAAACAAUAAUGCUCAUCAUGCGUCAAAAUGUAUUUCAGACGCUGAAUUCGAAAUCAUUUGGUCACAGUUGACACCAAUAUUAAUAUCUUUCGGUGAUGAUGCCGAUGAAAUUGAGGCAUUGAAAUUAAAUACAAAUGAUACGAAGCAGAAGGAGUCAAUUAAUAAUGAGAGCACGGAUGAAGCUAAACGUUUGAAAGAUCUCGGUAACGAGGCCUUUAAACAAAAACGUUUCGAUGAGGCUUUAAAAUGGUUUUCACAGGCACUUGUUCUCGCUGGUUUGAAUGAUUUUGAUCGGUCGAUUCUCUAUUCAAAUCGAGCUGCUACAUAUCUCGAGAAACCUGAACAGACAGAGUUCAAUUCGUCCAAUGACUCCAGGUAUCUUGCCCUGCAAGAUGCUGAGCAUGCACGUGAUCUUCGGCCAACUUGGCCAAAAGCUCAUUGUCGUGUUGGCCAAGCGUAUAUGGCCCUUGGUGAGUUCGAAAAAGCAGUUCAUUCGUAUAAUAAAGCUCUUGCCCUUGAUCCGACUAACAUUGAAAUGCAAAAUACUCGUGAUUUUGCUCUCGAAAGAAAACAUUACUAUGGUCGACAAGAGCAUCUUGACAUACGAAGUAUACCAAGAACGACCCGCGAACAAUUAACUGAAUUGUCAAAAACAACCGGUCUUACUACUGAGCAACAAGAAAAAGUGAUUGACAUGAUAAGAAAACAUGAUCCAGGCAAAGAUGCUGUUUUCACUGGUCAUCAAUAUCGGGAUGGUGAUGAUAAUGUGAAACAGAACUAUGAAUUGGCUGCAAAAUUUUAUUCAAAAGCGGUCGCUCUCGGUAGUGCUGAGGGCAUGUACAACCUUGCUCUGCUUCAUCAAAGGGGAUUAGGCGUUAAAAAAGAUAUGCGAAUGGCCAUUCAACUACUUGAACAAGCGGCUUCUCAAAGCCCUAUAAUGUCAGAUAAAUUUCCUGUUCCUAAUGUUGGUGUUGCAGAAGCUGAACAUUCUCUUGGACCACAUUACGAAACGGGUGUAGGCGUUAAAAUGAAUUACCAUAAGGCAUCUCAAUGGUAUCAACGUGCUUCCGAUCAUGGUAGUUCAACAGCAGCCAACAGCUUAGGACUUAUGUACGAGGAGGGUAGAGGCGUUUCAAAAGAUUUGGUUAAAUCAGAGCAGCUUCUGCGUUUAUCUGCAGUCCGUGGUGACCCAAAUGCCAUGAUGAAUUUAGCUUUAUUGCUCUUUAAAAAAAAUGAUCUACAGGAUGCAGAACGAUGGUGUCAACGUGCAAGCGACAACAAUAAUAUGGUUGCUAAAACUCUCUUGAAACAAUAUCAAGAUGCAGCCGAAAAGGAACGUGAGCACUUCAAGAAAUUAAAUGUUGACAAAUGGGAAAAAGAGAACGGAUUGGCUACGAGUACUUUGAGUUAUAAUGAACGAAUCAAACGCAAAGUGUUAGCAGACGAACCCCAUGCUGCGAAAGCAUACAGCGUUGUAAAUGACUUCGCCAAAGUCAUCCAGUCGUUAAAACCCGUACCACAGCCAAUGGGAGCAAAGAGAAGAGAAUUUAGUUACGCUAUGCUCAACCAAUAUUCGCUGAAAGGAUCUGUUUUUGCUCAACGGCUGUUAGAAGCACAAACUUAUUUUGUAAGAGCAAUGCUAAUUUUAGCAAAAGACGACAUUGCGGACAAUGAAAGAGAUGUUCACUUCGUCAAAGAGCUUUCCGCAAGUAUUAGAAUUGAACAUAUUGUUAUUCAACUGCCAGAGGAUCUACAUAAAGAAGCAAAACUGGCUGUGGAUCGUGUACUCAUUCGAUGUAAUUCAAAGCAAUCUGAACUCGAUGAAAACGCUCGUGUAUGUUACGGAUAUUUGCAUAUGAAUUCAUUAGAAUCUACAAUUGCGUUUUUAACUGUUUGCAUCCAAAUGUAUCCGAAGUCACAUUUCUUCUUGGAACUUCGUGGUAGUCUAUAUGGCUUUCUUGGCAAAUUUGAUCAAGGCUUAGCUGAUGUUAAUGCUGCGCUUCAAUUGGUUCCAAACGAUGUAAUGUUAUUGUAUGAUCGCGCCGCUAUGCUGAGACUCGUUAAGCAUUUUGAUCUGAAUGAAACUAUCGCAGCAUAUAAAAAAUUUUUCGAAUACUCACCAAUCGAUCAUCGCAAGGUACCUGAAGCGUAUUAUGCAGUUGCAACUUGCUAUUUUGUCGAUAAAGCACUCGAAAAUAAUUUUCAGUUAUUAGAAGAAUAUUACGACAAAGGUAUCGAGGCAGAAAAGAAACAAUUACCAUGUUUCUUACCAUAUGAAUCGAAUAAUAAAUUAAUGAUAUCAAAUUUAAUCUCAGUGGAAUCGAAAUCGAAAAAUAUUGAUACACUGCCAUUAACUGAACCAGUGAUUGAUACACAAAAACCGCAAUCACGUCUCACCGAUCCACGACGCACUGAUAUGAUUUAUUCCCAUCGGGAAUCUAUUGCUCAAAAUCGUAAAAUUUUAUUAGGUAAAAAUAUUGUUACCCAUACAGUUAAACCUCGUCUACAUCAAAACUCACCUGCAUCAUUUAUUGGACUGAAAGGCAUUACUCUACGUGAAAUGAAUCCGUUGAAAGAUCAUGUUUAUCAAGGUUAUGUUUUAUCAGUUAUUAUUUUCGAGCAGUCACCAAUAGUUGAACCAUCGAUAUGGUUGUUGAUAGAAGAUGAGAACGGUGAUUUAGAACGACUUUCUUUUUAUAAUACUCCCCCAUCAGAAGGCUGGCAAUUAAUUAAACAUACCUAUACUUACGGUGCACAACUUAGUAUUUUAAAUCCAUAUAUGCGUAUGGCAGCUGAUCAAAAACCGGCUAUUCGAAUUGAUGAUGUUUCAUCAAUUAUUCUACAUGGAGAUAUUCAUAAUGUGAAAGACAUGUGCCGGUGUUGCGGCCAAGCAAAUGCAUCACGCGUUUGUGGAAAAUGUAAAUCAGCUCACUAUUGUUCAAAGGAAUGUCAAACACUUGACUGGAAGCAAUAUGGUCAUAAAUUGAUUUGUAGCUGA